AAGCCCUUCGUUCAGUUCACUUUUGUCUGUCGAGUGGUGCCGUCAAUAGAGUUGUCUUUGUUCUUCAUCCGUUUGGCUUUUUCAUGAAAAAUUGUCCGUGAUUUUUGUUCAGUGUUGAUACCGGAAGUUGGAUUGAUUAAUCGGAUUUCAUUGGAAGGAAACGAUAACAAAUUCUAUAAAAAUUCAUAAUGAAGUACUUAAGUAUCGUAUCCUUAGCUCUUGUCAUUGCGGUCAGCACUGCACUUCCAGUUCCUGAGGACACAUCUUCCACGGCAGCUGUCAAAUCGUCGGAUGAAGCUAAGGAAUCUUCCGUGUACUACCAAGAUCAAGAUGACCCUCUCCAAGGAUCCGAAAGUAUCCAAUCCAAGGUUGUACGAAGUAUUGCCUCGGACUCUGGAAAAUAUGUGCCCACGGACGAAGAGCCACCCAUGCAAAGAAUUACCAAAGCAUUAGAGGAAGUUUCUCAACAACUUGGAACCGGUUUCAAAAAUUUGGGCAACUCUGCCAUUCAAAUUCUGGAAGGUGUGGAUGUCGCUGCGGAACAGGCGCUGGGCACGGGGGCUCGAAUCGUCACUGGAAUUGCGGAAACCGCUGCAGAAACUGCGGAAACUGGCGCAAGAAAAGCUAUUCGUAUUGCAAAUGGAGUUGCUAGCACUUUAACUCAGGGCACAAAGUCCAUCGUUGACACGAAGACAACCUUGUUGAAGGGGCUGACUGGUGCAGUACCCUCUUCCCUCCAGGCCGACGCUUCUUCCACGAAUGAAGCCGUUCAGAGGAACGAGAGAGGGUCAUCCGCCUCGGGAUUCAGUGGAUAUCCAAGCUCAUCUUAUGGACCCAACACCGUGGCUGAAACUCCAAACAACUUUAUCAAUGUCUUUUCUCAAGCUGCUGCCAACACUGUCAACUUUGGAACUCAGUUGCUCAACAGUUUGGUUGGAGUUGCUGCCAACAUUCUUCAAGGAACUGUUUCCACCUUAUUGAGCCUUUUGAACGCCAAGGGUCAAAUCGUUGGUGCCGUUGUACAGUCCGCUCCUCCAGUUUUGGCAUCCGUAACUCGGACGGCUGGUGAUGUCCUUGCCGCCAAGGCCAGAAUCUUUGGAGCCGUAACUCAGUCUGCCGUGAACUUUGCGAGUCAGUUGGCCCAAACGAUCACCAACACCUUCUCCGCCUUGUUUAAUGGACCCAACGCCCUGAACUUUAGUGCAUUGACGGGUGGCGGUGGUCGAGGUUUGGAUGGCUCUGGACCAGCAUCGGUCUUGGGAGGAGUUGGCAAUUUUGCACAAACGGCCAUCAACACCAAGCUGAACUUGUUGAACGGUCUCCUCUCCCCGUUCACUGGGGGCAGACCGCUUCUCAACUUUGGUGGUGGUUCCUCUGGGGGAAACCCAUUGGCUGCCCUUUUCAACCUGCCACAGUCAUCUUCCUCCUCCCACUCUGGCUCAGGAGGAUAUCCGAGUGCUUCGGAGCCCAAUUUUAGAAUAACAAUUGCAGCUUCGACCCCAGCCCCUGCGAAAGAUGACACCGCCGCUUCUGGCUCCACGCCUAAUCGAUCCGUGAGAUUUUUCCAGCCAGUCGUAGCCAAGCCUCCACAGUCCGACGACCUUAAUCCAGGAAACCUUUUGGCAUCUUUGGGUGGACUUUUCGGAGGAAUGCUGAACCAACUCAGUGGUGGCAACGCCAACAGAAAUCGAAAUUUGGCCAGAGGACCCGACUCCUCCAACACGUUCCUUGCCCAAAUUCUUCCUAAUGCCAAUGCCAAACCUGUCACGACUUCUUCAGACGCUGCAAACGAAGCUGUUCGGAAGCAGCUUGAGCAAUCCUUAAUUUCUUCACUCCUUCAAAAUGCUUUCACCAACAAUAAGCAGCAGCAGAAGUAGACGUAGUAAAUACUCACUAUCUUAGCGCAUGUAUUUAUUUAAUUCCAAAUAUAACAAAAUUAUAACAACUAAUAA